AUGCCUCUGCCUGAGUUUGUUCGCCGGCAUAUCCAGUAUUCGUGCAACGCACCAGCAACUAGCAAGAAAGAUGAAUGUGGAGAUGGAGUGGAGAUGCAAAGACCUUCAGUCACCUCUGAACAGCUAGAAGAAAUGCGAAUGAAAGGAAACGAUUUUUUUAAAAAGGGUCUUUACAAUGAUGCGUUAAAAAUCUAUUCUGACGCCAUUGACAAAUCGAAGAACACAGCUUUCUUUGAUGUGAGGUUGUUAAAUAAUCGAGCAUCGGUAUAUCUUAAACUUGAGCAAUAUGAUGAAGCCUUGCUAGAUGCAGAAGAAUACAUAUUACAAUGCCCACAAUGUUGGAAAGGUUAUGCGAGGAAAGCGUUGGCUCUUUUUGAGUUGAAGGAUAUGCAGGAUGCGUGUGUUGCAGCUUCGAUGGCUUAUUACUACGAAAGGAACGUUUUCCGUGAUUUUGAACCUUUUAGGAGAAAAUUUGGCUCUUCAAUGGAGAUGCGUCUGUUUGUGUGUCGCGAUACCUCAGAUUUGUCAGCAGCCUUGUGGAUGGUGAGAACAUUUUUAUGGCGGAAUCUAUCCGGAAACAAUUCUGAGGAUUUGCCUGUUAUCAUUCUAGAAAACGGUGAUUACCUUGUUUCCUCACAUACUGUCGACUCCGACCUUUUUUCUAGUGAUGGCAAGGAACACGAACUUCCCAUUGGAAACUGCAUUCUUUUAGGCACUGAAGGUGAAUGUUCGGUGACAUUUGAUGAUAAUCAUAACGUAGUUUUCGAUAAGGCUUUUACAGCUCGCAAUGUUCGCUUCCACUGUCGCUUUUCUAGCAGUCAUUUUCUUCCUGACUCUGUAGUAAAGCUCAGUCACUGUUUUUUUGAGAGUUCUAACCAUACUUACUUUUCCUUUUGUUGCAAAGGAAAAUUGAGAGCUGAUAGUUGUAAGUUUUAUAAUUGCAUCCAAGGUGGGCUUCUGGUUGUUGGUGAUGCAGAGGUUGAAAAUUCAGAGUUUUUUGGCAAUGCAGUAGGUAUAGAAGUGGGAGAAGGUGGACGUUUAGUCGUAAGAAAAACUAAAAUGUACAGUAAUAUUAAUGGAUUCUUUAUUAGUUCACAAGCAAAGGAAUGCGUUGUAGAAGAUUGCGAGCUUUAUGACAACGAGAAGAAUGGUAUUCUUGUUGCUAAUUGUGCAUCUGAUGUUAUAAUAAAGGGGAACCGUAUUUAUGAUAAUGACGAAUCUGGGAUAUUGGUGACUAUGAAUUCUAACGUAUCUAUAUUGGAGAACGAGAUUUUAAGAAACAGUGACUGGGGCAUACUUAUCAAUAGUCUCAGUCAAGCUGUCGUGAAGAAAAAUAAAAUCCAUAAUAACCAAUGUGGUGGCAUUUGUGUAACGGGUCAUUCCUCAGGCGAAAAGUCUGUUGUUGAAUACAAUCACAUUUCUUUUAAUUCUGGACCUGGAAUUUACGAAGAAGGUUCACUGACUAAACGCAAAGAAAAUAAGUUAGAGCAUAACAAAGAAGAAAGGAAUCAAUCAACAGCACAAAGUGAAGCCAAGUUAUGCUACUGCUGCAAAAAGCCUGACAAGAAUUUAAAGAAAUGCAGCGAUUGCUUUACGGCUCAGUACUGCGGGAAAAAAUGCCACAGAAGUGACUGGAAGAACCACAAGGAGAUAUGCGAUCGUUUGUUAUAUGAUGGAAGUAUUGUCUUAAACUAUGUCCGAGAACCAAUUAUGAGAUAUUAUUUAUCUCGCAAUAAACGGAUCCCAAUGUUUAAGCGAGGACCUGGUAUUUUACCCGUCGGUCCAAAAUACUGUCCACCACCAAAUACGACCACCCGGUUUAUCGUUAAGAUGAGCGCAGGCGUUGCGAUCCUGCAAGGAAACAAUUUCGACCCUUCCGUGGUUCGUCUGUACGAUCGUAGUCUGAAGAUAGAUGGGAUUCUGACUGGCGCUGAUCAAAUUUAUCAUCUCGUCCGGCGGCAUGGCGCCAUGGGUCAGUUGUUGAAAUCCUGGAAAAAACUGUUUAUGUGGGUUAAAGGGCCUGAAGAUGGAAAACUUCGUGUUUUUAUCAACGAGUUUCCUCCAUAUCAAAACUGGUGA